GGCAUGGGCCUCCAAGAGCUGUGCGAGGAAGUGUUUGGCACCGCCGACCUUUACCGGGUGCUAGGCGUCAGGCGCGAGGCCUCCGAUGGCGAGGUCCGACGUGGCUACCACCGGGUGUCCCUGCAGGUGCACCCGGAUCGAGUGGGGGACGGUGACAAGGAGGACGCCACCCGCCGCUUCCAGAUCCUCGGGAAAGUCUAUUCGGUUCUUAGUGACAGAGAGCAGCGAGCUGUGUACGACGAGCAGGGCGUGGUGGACGAGGACUCGGCGGCGCUCAGCCAGGACCGGGACUGGGAGGCGUACUGGAGGCUGCUCUUUAAGAAGAUCUCUCUAGAGGACAUCCAGACUUUUGAAAAGACAUACAAAGGUUCUGAAGAAGAGCUGGCAGAUGUGAAGCAGGCCUACCUGGACUUCCAGGGUGACAUGGAUCAGAUCAUGGAGUCAGUGCUGUGUGUGCAGUACACGGAGGAACCCAGAAUAAGAAACAUUAUUCAGGAAGCCAUUGAUGCCGGAGAAGUCCCAGCCUAUAAGGCCUUUGUCAAAGAAUCAAAGCAGAAGAAGAAUGCAAGGAAACGGAGGGCUCAGGAGGAGGCUAAAGAAGCAGAAAUGAGCAGGAAGGAGCUGGGACUUGAUGAAGGGGUAGAUAAUUUGAAGAUGGCCAUCCAGAGCAGACAAAAGGAUCGACAAAAGGAAAUGGACAAUUUUCUGGCUCAGAUGGAAACAAAGUACUGCAAACCUUCCAAAGGAGGAGGUAAAAAACCAUCUCUCAAGAAAGGCAAGAAAUAGUGGGAUAGUCUUCAAAGACCCUUACAACUUAAUUGGUACCUGUAGACAAGGUGCAG